CAAAUGCCUGAUAAUGGUCAACGGGGCCUAUACAUGGACCCCAUGCUUACAAAAAAGCACAGCUGACGUUACACCUUCAAGUAAAAUCAAGAAAAGCAAAAAGCCCAAUACACUUUUCCCCUCUCACACACUCCCAUCUCGAUCUGACUUUGCUACAAACAUAGAAAACCAAAAAAACUCAAUUGGCACAGUGAAAUAAAAAUAAACAGCUUCCUUUUUUUUUUUUUUUGAGUUGGGAAUUGCCAUUUGACUCUAUGAGCAAAGAAAGGCCACCAGAGCCUCUGGAUUUCUUUAUUUGGACUGUUGAGAUAUGGUGCUGUAACUCUGCUGUCCUUCUUGAAUCUCUCAGCAAUAGUGACGGAGAUGUCAUCAUAAUGGAGUAUCCUGUACAUCCCUUCCAACUAAAACUGUAUCGUGUAACACAAGUGGAUGUUGGUUUAUGGUUGGAAGAAAUAAAUCUCGGUGGCUAUCGUCAGAUUUUCAAAGAGAAUGGUGUUAAUGGAGAAUACUUGGAAGGUAUGUCUAUGUUCACGACUGAACAGAUACUACGGUUUAUAAGAAGGUGCCACAUGAAAUGGGGAGACUUCAUAACUCUGUGCAAGGAGCUCAGGAGGAUAAAAGACUCAGCUUUGUCACUUGGUUUUGGUCACCAUGUUGAGAGCUGUUAACAGUAAACCAUUGAUAAACAAAACAGAGUGAAUCUUCUGUUGCUUUAAAGGAAGACCAGAAUGUUAUAUAUUUUUGCCAUCGUUUAGUACACUUUGAUUGAUUCUACUCAUUUCAUGUAGUGGCUUGCUUGAAGGGAGAGCAAAAAGUUCGCCGACCUUGGUGGGCACCAUCAUGUCUCUCUGUAGUAUUUAUGAAGGUGGCCAAGCGUAACAGGCAGUCUAGAGUGGUUUCGCUGAAGCUGGAACCUUGACACCGAUAUUGCCCUUCUGUAUGCACGUUAAGAGGACAGUAGGAAGAUCACUUGCCUACGUAUAUUUUUCGUUCUUUUUCUUUUCGGUUGGUUCUUCGUUGGAGAACUUCCUGCUCUGUCCAAAUAUUUCCUAAUACAUAGUUUUGUAGUCUGCUUUUGUCCUAAAUUAAUUGUGAUGAGUAUAUACUUAAAUGAAGCAAAGAGAUACACUUAUGUAAAUCUCAAAGAGUACUAUUCUUAUUGAAAAAAUUUGUCACUCCA